GAUGGAUGGGCACAGGGUGAUCUCCAGGCCCCAACUGGAGAUGGAGUUGUGUCAGCAAUGAGCAUCGAUGAGACUGUUUGGAUUCCAAGUGGGAGAAUUUGGCCAGAUCCAAGACAGGAGCACAAGGCCGGGACCGAGACCAUGCGGAGGCGAAAGACAGCAAGGACACUGAGCCUGCACCCCAGUGCUGCCCAGGGAGUACCAGAUGCUUUUGAAGAUGGAUGGAAAGAUGAGGGGCUUUCACAGAUUGCCUGAGACCCCUACUAAUGAAAGCUUGAGGCCUGACUUGUGUUCUGCUGGCCUCUGAGGCUGCAGAUAUCUGACACAGCCCCCAGCCAUCACCAGGUCUGCCCCAGGCAGCAGUGCCUGAGACUUGCAAUGCAGGCUCCCUUGUGAUCAGCUGGUCUCCAGCCUGGAGCUUCUGAGCUUGCUUGCCACAGCAUCUAAAGACAGGAAGCCAGACGCUAUUGGCUAACUUCGCAAAUAAAGAUGCCCUCAGAGAGGGAAGUGUUGGCGUCUGGUGGAGUUUGCGUGGGACUGGGGGACUGAGUGGCACUUCAUUCCCAUCUGCCCAGGCCCUCACCAUGCCCACCAUCUUCCCGGAAUUGGAUCUGGAGAACUUUGAGUACGAUGAUUCUGCCGAGGCCUGUUAUGUGGGCGACAUUGUGGCCUUUGGGACCGUCUUCCUGUCCAUCUUCUACUCCCUCGUCUUUGCCUUCGGUCUGGUGGGAAAUCUGUUGGUGGUACUCGCCCUCACCAACAGCCGGAAGCCCAAGAGCAUCACCGACAUCUACCUCCUGAACCUGGCCUUGAGUGACCUGCUCUUUGUGGCCACCUUGCCCUUCUGGACUCACUACCUGGUUAGCGAGGAAGGCUUCCACAAUGCCGUGUGCAAGCUCACCACUGCCUUCUUCUUCAUCGGCUUCUUUGGGGGCAUAUUCUUCAUUACCGUCAUCAGCAUCGAUAGGUACCUGGCCAUUGUCCUGGCCGCCAACUCCAUGAACAACCGAACGGUGCAGCAUGGUGUCACCAUCAGUCUGGGCGUCUGGGCGGCGGCCAUCUUGGUGGCGGCACCCCAGUUCAUGUUCACAAAGAGAAAGGAAAACGAGUGUCUGGGUGAUUACCCCCAAGUCCUCCAGGAAAUCUGGCCCGUGCUCCGCAACUCGGAAGCAAACAUCCUGGGCUUCGUGCUGCCCCUGCUCGUCAUGAGCUUCUGCUACUUCCGAAUCCUCCAGACUCUGUUUUCCUGCAAGAAUCAGAAGAAAGCCAGGGCCAUCCGACUCAUCCUCCUCGUGGUGGUGGUUUUCUUCCUCUUCUGGACACCCUACAACAUCGUGAUCUUCAUGGAGACUCUCAAAUUCUACAACUUCUUCCCUAGUUGUGACACGAAGAGGGACCUGAGGCUGGCCCUCAGUGUGACGGAGACAGUGGCGUUCAGCCACUGCUGCCUCAACCCCCUCAUCUACGCCUUUGCUGGGGAAAAGUUUAGGAGAUACCUUGGACACCUGUACAGGAAGUGCCUGGCUGUGCUGUGCUGCCGUCCUGUCCAUGUCAACUUCACGCCGGAAUCCCAGCGGAGCAGACAGGAGAGCAUCCUGAGCAGCUUUACUCGUUACACAAGCGACGGAGAGGGCUCUCUCCUGCUCUGAAAGGCCUGGACCCCACUGCGAACCCAGACUCUCUCCUGCUCUGAAAGCCUGGAUCCCACUGCGAACCCAGACUUCUUGACUCUGACUCUGGGUAACGAAGACAGACUUUCUCCUGCUGUGUCCUAUGUGCAAGAAACAUGGACUAGAUGCCUACAAAACAACCCCACAGUGUUUUUGAAAAUUUUAUGUUCAUUUCAUGAACGAUACACAUAUUGCUGGCUGUAAAUGCUGAACACUGGGGCUUACGCGUGACAAGGCUUCUAACCCGAUUGGAGAAGUCACAAAGGGGUGGUGAGGGUCAUUCACGUGGUCAUGUGGGGGAGAGGCUGAUUAAAUCCUCAGACUGAGAGGAAAGCAAGCUUUGAAUCCAGCUAGAACGUCCCCUCUCUGGACUUCAGCUUCUGAGUACUGACAGGCCAUCCAGACACACAUUCCAUAGCCUCAGCGUCAGAGAAGGACCUGGUCUCUCUCUGAUUUCAAGGUCAGCAUUCCCAGGGAAGGACUUCCACUGGCCAAGCUGUGUCACGUGCCCAUCCCUUGAUUCCCCUUGAGGAAGAGACCUGGUCAGUCAUCCUCAUCAACAUAGACCAUGAGACCCUAUAUGGACAAGUUCAACAGAACCGCCAUAUAUGGGCUGCCUGUGCAUGCUUCAGCAUUGCCAGGGCAUUCAUUCAUUCAUUCAUUCAUUCAUUGAAAUAGAACUGACUAAGAUAUUAUUGGAACCUGAAGGUUGGAGGUUGAGGAAGAUAUAUUUCUAAGAAAUUGGAGGGUGGGAACUACCCUGAUAAGACAGAACAAGAUUGGCUCCUCUGCCUUACCACGGGACUGACUGACCCAGGCUCUCCCCUCAGCAACCAGCCUCUGUCUACUGCCAGCUCCUUCAUUAAACCCGUCUUGAGAAUGUCCUGAAAAUUCCAAGGGCUCCCACUGACCACUGCAUCAAAUGUAAACUCAAGUGCCUGGCCUCUGAGACCAGGGACAUAAGAUGCAGUUCUAAAAAUAGACUCUACACCGCCUCCUCCUCCUUCCCAAAGGACGCCACCCACGCUGCUGCCAGGUCCCUUCCAAUAUCCCUCCGCUUCUCUCAACACCCCCCACCGGGGGAGGCUGGAGAUAGAAAGAAUCUCACCCCAGAGAGAAGAGAUGGAUUUAUAUCCCAGGUCUGUCAUUUGUAAUUGGGGAGACCGGAACCAACAGAGCUUCAGUCCCUCACAUAUAGAAAAGGGACAGUGGUGGCCUCAUCUAUUCUCCCAUGGCAAAUCAGCCAGGAGUUUAGCUUCCCCUGUGUCUGGCACUGUUGAGCUGCCUCUGAGUGACAGUGCAGAUGGAGUGGGAGGAGCCUGCAGGAGACAGCCAGACAAGAGACCCCCAUUCCCACAGUGAUACUCAGCGGCACCUAGAUCUACAGACCCCUAACCGUCUCCCUGAUGCCAAUCAAGAGCCAGGCUGUGAGAGCAGCUUGCUUUCUGCCCUCAACCCGAAAGCAUCAUGUGGUCUAACCACAGGAGACCCUCACAGCUGUACCCACUCACUGGGGACUGCACAGUUCUGUAACUUGCUUUCUAAAAAGCGCUGGGUCCCAAUUGCUCUCUGUUCCGGUGUAGCACUGUAAUAACCAUUUGAGAAGUCCCCCCCCCCAUGGUGGCACUGAGGAAGCUGUGGCAUGUGGCUCACUGUGGCGUGUCUGAUAACUCCUUGGCAGUCUGCGUGUUUGUUCCAAGGGCGGCAGACGGAGCCACAGCCCUCACAGGCACGUCCAGCAUGUUGACAUUGCAACACAAUGCUGUCUUCUACAGUGGUCACAACUGAGAACCUCAAAAUUUAGUUACCAAAGUGGGGAGACGGGAAAGAUGGCUCAGUGGUUAAGAGCACUGGCUGCUACUCCAGAGGACUGGGGUUCAAUUUCCAGAACCCACUUAGUGUCUAACAAUGGUCUUUAACUCCAGUUCCAGGUGAUCCAACAGCCUCUUCUGGUUUCUGAGAGCACCAGACAAACAUGUGGUAAACACACAUGCAUGCACAAAAAAUAAGUAAAAACAAAAACAAAACCAGAAAAACUUGUUUGGUUUUUCAAGACAGGUUUUCUCUAUGUAACCCUGGCUGUCCUGAAAUUCUUUGUAGACCAGGCUGGCCUAGAACUCAUAGAAAUCACCUGCCUCGACCUCCUAAGUGCUUAAAGGUAUUAAAGGUAUAUACCACCAUGCCGGGCUUAGUAAAUAAAUUUUUUUAUUUCAAAAGUCUCAUAGGUUUCAAGUAAGUUUAUGUUGGUGUUGCUCCGUGGUCACCGCUGUCUGGGGCUGCAUGGCUAGACACACCUACACUACAUCUAUUGUACUUAUAAUUCUGUUGAUACACAUUUGGUUUCCUUCCUAUUUUUAGCAAAUACAAAUCUCACAGCACUUUAAUCUGUGGAAUUUUCUUUUUUCUGUUCAGUUAUUUCUACCAGAUAAGUUCUUUGCCAGGGGAUAACUGCACCAAAGGGUGUGGAAUGCUUCAGCUCCUCUCUCCAAGUAUAGACAAUUUUAUCAGAAAGUAAAGUCUACCCGUGGCUUUAAAUCACAAUACUCCUGAGGCAGAGGCAGGUGGAUCUCUGUGAGUUCAAGGCCAGCGGUCAGUCUGGUUUACAGAGCAAGACCCUGACUCAAAAAAGGGGGAGGGACAUGAAAAGCUCUAUAGGACAGACCAACUAGUCCUGAGCCUGAGGCAUCAUCAUCAUCUUGACUAAUCAGGAAGUAAUGGUGUCUGUAAGUCUGUCAGAUGCAGCCAUAUUGUCUCUCUCCAACACCACCUUGAACGCCAACCACAGUAAAAGCUGUUUCAGCUUCUU